CCUGACAUAGGGAUAAAGAAUGGCACAGUGGUCGAAGCGGUCGAAAAGAUUGCUGUUUAUUAUUGCUGUGUUUGGACUGACCGCUGUGGGUUUAUCAGCAUGGGUAGCGGUCAAAUAUACCAAAGAUGAAGAACCUGCACCUCCAGAAUUGCCGGAAAAGAGCAGGGUGGAACUUCAAAAAGUUGAUUUCCAGACCACAAUCAAACCGGAUGGUUCAACUACUGCCAAGCCAAUACCAGAAGUUUGCUUAACGGAGGCUUGUUCUCGAGCGUCGGCAGCUUUACUCAAUGCAAUGGACGCAACCGUAGAUCCAUGUGACGAUUUCUACCAAUACGCCUGUGGAAAUUGGAACCAAGACCACAUUAUACCACCCGACAGAGUUCAGUUGGAACGACCAGACGUAAUCAAAGAUGAUAUUAAGACCAAACUGAAACUUUUGCUAGAAAAUAAUGAUGUAUUUCAUAGUAAAGCUAUCAGAAACACUAAAGUCUUUUACCACUCCUGUAUGAAUGAAAGUUCUAUAGAAGCCAACAGUUUACAAGAACUUGAAGGGUUGAUGGAUCAUUUGGGUGGAUGGCCUUUAUUGGACCCUUACUGGAACGAUACGAAUUACUACGUUGAACGUCGUUUUGUGCGAUACGUCCAAGUAGGCAGUAACUAUAUCUUUAAGACAAUUGUUCAGCCUGAUGAUAACGAUACCGAUCAUUACAUCCUGUCAGUAGAUCAAGCAGAAUUGUUUAUGGGGUCGAGGGAUUAUUAUCUCAACGGGCGAGACGAUAUUCAUGUGAAAGCCUAUGAAGAAUUUGCUGUUAAGGUGGCUAAGAAGUUUGGUGCCAUCGACCCAGAAGCUGCAAUUAGUGACGUCAUAGAUUUUGAAAUACAAGUGGCCAACUUAACAGUGCCAGAUUCAGAAAGAAGAGAUGCCAAUAAGUUAUACAACAAGGUUAAGAUUAGUUCUAUCAUGGACGUAACAACGGGGUGGUGUUGGAUCUGUUAUCUUUGCGAUCUCCCUGACGAUAUCGCCGAUGUGCUCAUCACACCUGGACGCCAUGUUUUAAUUCGACAGCCCGAGUAUAAUAACAGUGUUAUAGCUCUGAUGAAAAACACAUCAGUUGAAAUCUUGACUAAUUAUAUGAUGACGAGAUUUGUCUUAGAAGCAAUACCGUUUUUAUCUGAAGAAUAUCGGCUGCUCGGCCAGGAUUAUUAUAGGAUUAUGAGUGGAAAGCAACACGAAGGAGAACGAUGGAAGACCUGUCUAUCAUACACGAACGCUCUCUUCCCUAUAUCAGUUGGUAGGAUGUUUGUGGAUCAUUAUUUUGACGAAGAAGCCAAGAAAAAUGCAGAGAAUCUAAUACAGAAUAUCAAAGAUUCUUUCAGUGAAAUCCUUCUUGAUUCCUCCUGGAUUGACGAAGCUACCAAGAAACGGGCUUUAGAAAAGGAGGAUAUAAGUGAACAUCACUUUUUAAGAAAUGUUAUCAAUAAAACAAAAUACGACGUAAAAGACAACUUUAAGAAAAUUGAACGUUGGAACCACGUUGAUAAAAAGAAGUGGUCUGACGGGGCUGCCCAAGUAAAUGCUCGUUAUGAUCCUCGAGAAAACGCUAUUAAAAUACUAGCAGGGAUUCUACAGCCACCAUAUUAUGAAAAAGAUUACCCUCGAUCGUUAAUCUAUGGAGGAAUUGGUCUGAUUAUUGGGCAUGAAAUAACUCACGGCUUCGACGAUAUAGGACGACAAUAUGAUAAAGACGGAAAUUUGAGAUCUUGGUGGACGAACAGCUCUUCAGAUAAUUUUAAUGAUCUAGCUCAAUGUAUUAUAGAUCAGUAUUCUAAUUUUACUAUUGGUAAUGAUCAUAUAAGGGGAGAGAAUACACAAGGUGAAAAUAUCGCCGAUAACGGAGGACUUAAUGUAGCAUUUGGGGCGUACAAGGAGCUUAUAAAAACAAACCCAGAAGAUUUUAAACAUUUACCAGGAUUAAAUCUAACCCACUAUCAACUUUUCUUUCUUAACGUCGCUCAGGGUUUCUGUGGAGUUCAAAGACCAGAAGCACUUCAAGACCAAAUACUUUCCGAUACUCACAGUCCGGGUAAAUUCAGGGUAAUGGGAACACUGUCUAAUAGUAAAGAUUUCAGUUCAGCUUACCAAUGUACACCUGGUAGCAGAAUGAAUCCAGAACAGAAAUGUCGUGUUUGGUAGUAUUCAUAGAGCUAUGUUACGGACCCCUAAGUAGUUAACUUGGUGGUCAUUAGACGAAGUCUUUAAAUCCAAAUUUUCAAUGAAGUUAUAUAUUCAACUUCGGACUUAACCACAAAGAUGUACAGGGAUAAAACUUGUUGUUCUUAAAAGCUUCGUUGGUGAUUUUAAGUACAGAUCUAAAAGAUUGUAAAAUAGAAAGUCGCCACAUACAUAUAUACAUUAGAGUACUUUGCUUGGUUAUAGAUGGGAAAGGCUUAAAUAUUAAAAUUAUACUU